CCCUCCAAAACCCCAUCAUUUCUGACAUUUAGAAAAUCACUCCACUUCCUGCCAUCAUCUCAGUUUCACAUGCAGAGACAUAGGGCCCCCUGGCCUUGGUGAGACCCAGAGAAACAGAGGGGAAGGAGGAGGCAGGAGCUCCUCCCUAUGUUUGAGUGCCCAGCUGAGCAGGCUCCACUAGAAGCCUCAGAGGUUGACCAGGGAGACCAGCACCCCCAGCAGCCUGGCCUCUGGGUGUUGUUCUGGGCCUCUCCUGACCCCUGCCCUGAAGAACAUGUGUCUGGAAAGAGCCUGAAGGUUCCGGGGCUUCACGCUGGUGAUCACCUUCCUGAUUUACACCUGUUAUCACAUGUCACGGAAGCCCCUCAGUAUUGUCAAGAGCCGUCUGCAUCAGAAUUGCUCAGAGCUGAUCAACCCCAUCAAUGACACCCACAGUCCCAAUGAUACCACGUGGUGCAGCUGGGGUCCAUUUGACAAAGAUGACUACAAGGAGUUACUGGGGGCUGUGGACAACGCCUUCCUUGUGGCCUAUGCUAUCGGCAUGUUUAUCAGUGGGAUUUUUGGGGAGCGGCUCCCCCUGCGUUACUACCUUUCAGCUGGAAUGUUGCUCAGUGGCCUUUUUACCUCCCUCUUUGGCCUGGGAUAUUUCUGGGACAUCCACGUGCUCUGGUAUUUUGUGCUCGUCCAGAUCUUCAAUGGACUUGUCCAGACCACAGGCUGGCCCUCUGUCGUGGCUUGCGUGGGCAACUGGUUCGGGAAGGGGAAGCGGGGGUUCAUCAUGGGUAUCUGGAAUUCCCACACUUCUGUGGGCAACAUCCUGGGCUCCCUGUUGGCCGGCAUCUGGGUGAACACUCAGUGGGGCCUGUCGUUUAUUGUGCCUGGCAUUAUCACCGCUGCCAUGGGCGUCUUCACCUUCUUCUUCCUCAUUGAGUACCCAGAAGAUGUGGACUGCACGCCUCCACAGCACCAUGGUGGGCCAGAAGAGAACCAGGACAACCCGGAGGAUCCUGGGAACUGUUCCUACUCUCACAGGGAGAGUAGCGUGGAGGCUGCCAGCUGCUCCAAGGAACCAUGCCCCGAGCCUGAGCCUGCCGCCAUCAGCUUCCUGGGGGCGCUCAAGAUUCCGGGCGUGGUCGAGUUCUCUUUGUGUCUGCUCUUUGCCAAGCUGGUCAGCUACACCUUCCUCUACUGGCUGCCCCUCUACAUCUCCAAUGUGGCUAAUUUUAGUGCCAAGGAGGCUGGGGACAUGUCUACACUCUUUGAUGUCGGUGGCAUCAUAGGUGGCAUCAUGGCGGGGCUCAUCUCUGACUCCAUCAAUGGCAGGGCCACCACUUGCUGCAUCAUGCUGAUCUUGGCUGCCCCAGUGAUGUUUCUGUACAAUUCCAUUGGCCAGAAUGGGAUUACCAGCUCCAUAGUGAUGCUGAUUAUCUGUGGGGCCCUGGUCAACGGCCCGUAUGCGCUCAUCACCACGGCUGUCUCCGCUGACCUGGGAACUCACAAGAGCCUGAAGGGCAAUGCCAAGGCCCUCUCCACCGUCACAGCGAUCAUCGACGGCACUGGCUCCGUAGGUGCGGCGCUGGGCCCCCUGCUGGCAGGGCUCAUUUCCCCCACAGGCUGGAACAACGUCUUCUACAUGCUCAUCUCCGCUGACGUCCUUGCCUGCCUGCUCCUCUGCCGGUUGGUGUACAAGGAGGUCCUGGCGUGGAAGGCGUCCCUGAGCAGAGUCCGAGGCUCUAGUCUGGCCCUAACCCACCCGCGGUAAUAUUUUCAAGUCCCAUGACUUUUCUAUAAAGAAAUAUGAGGCCUCAGUGGAAAGUGAAUCGCGGAGGAUCCCCACUGGGUCCCCACCCGCUCCCCGUGGGAAGACAACAGAAACUUCAAAGGAGGGCUGAAGCCAAGACUCCCGAUCUAACCUCAGCCAGCCCAGCCCAUAGGGCUGCGGAGGGAGCCGGAGACCCGCCACGGGAAGGGGACGCCCCGCGGGAGGAAACGGAAGACUCAAGGGCCUGAGCCGGGCCUGCAGGCAGAGGGAUGGGCUCGGCGCUCAGGCUCAGACUUGAUUGUUCAGAUUCUGAGACACAGGCAGAGGCUCUCCAGGGUCAGAGGUGCGUCUGUCCUUCCCGCGUUAGAUUUUAACCUCUGUAAUCAGCCUGGUACCCUGCUUCAAAAGUACCCGACCUCUCUUUUUCCCUUUGUCAUGAGCCAGUCUUCCCUGUGCAUCUCCCCGAAUCUGACCCUCUUCUUGUCCUUUGUGCUGUUUGUAACUCCCUCUGUGGCUUUGAUUAAAGCAAUGUGACUGUUCCUCCAGGACGAAGACUAGGGUGGGGCCUCGGGCAGGCACCGGAUGUGGGCGGCUCGCCGGCUCCUGCGGGUGCCCACCGCUCGAGGGAGCCUCCCUUGCCUCACCCUGGUGCUUCGCCCUGCCGAUGUCGCAGUGGCUGGUGACGUCACGGUCAGUGCUUGGGCACUGCAGGGGUGAGCAGGACUGAAAAUACCUGCAUGUGUGUUCAGCAUCUUGUGCAUGAGAUGCCGGUGGUUACCGAGUGUCAGCGCUACUGCAGGAAUGAAGUGGACAGUGGACAGAGGAAAAGGACUUACGCCCUGAGCACAGGUGCCAGGGUGACAAGACUGGCACGAAACGGGGACGCUGCCCAGUCCGUUGAGUAGCUGCGAAUGUGCAGCGCACCAGGGUCCCCAUGCUCGCACUCUCUCUGCCCCCGGUCCUGGGCUGUGACGCACCAGGCGGACUCCCCGCGUUUCCGCCUGGCCUCUUCAGCUGCCCGUCAGCACCAAUACAGAGCUCUUGUGCCAGCCGGA